AUGUCCUCACUCUCCUCUAACCCCAAGCUCCAACUAGCCGCUACGGCCGUUGUCUCAGCUGCCCUUGCCGCAGGCGCCAUCCUUAGCUACCAGCACCUACAACAAUUCAAACAACCACACUCCUCCCGUCGACGCUACUCCAUCCCAAAUCUCCCAAGCAACGGUAAUGGCGACCCCGCCCUGCAGCCCGUGACGCGCAUGGGCCCGUUGCCGAAGCCCGACCCGGAAGACGAGCACAACCAGGUGCUCGCGCACCGCGCACAAAACGGUGACUGGGAUGACGAGCUAAUCCUGGAGCAGCUGGCGCGCAACCGCGUGUUCCUGGGUGACGAGGGGCUGGUGAAGCUGCGCAAUGCCUUUGUGAUUGUGGUUGGCUGUGGAGGCGUUGGAUCUCAUGCUUGCGCAGCGCUGGCUCGGUCUGGCGUGUCAAAAAUCCGGUUGAUCGAUUUCGAUCAGGUCACCCUGAGUAGUUUGAACCGUCAUGCUGUGGCUACGUUGGCGGAUGUGGGCCUGCCAAAGGUGCAGUGCUUGCAGCGGCGGUUGAUUGCGAUCACCCCGUGGGUGAAGUUCGAUCUCAGGUUGCAGAAGUUUGAUGCCAGCGUGGCGGUGGACUUGCUGGAGGGCUGGAAGGGGGAUCCGGCACAGAAGCCGGAUUUUGUGAUUGAUGCGAUUGACAACAUUGACAGCAAGGUAGAGCUGCUCAAGUUUUGUCAUGAUAAUGGCCUGCCGGUUAUCUCGUCUAUGGGUGCCGGCACCAAGAGUGAUCCAACGAGGGUUAUGGUAGGAGAUAUCAGUGCUAGCUUUGAGGACGCCUUGUCAAGGGCUACUCGGAGGAAGCUUAAGCUGAAGGGAGUUACCAGUGGUAUCCCUGUUGUGUAUUCCACUGAAAAGAUGGGCCCUGGCAAGGCGGCGCUGUUGCCGCUGCCUGAAGAGGAGUUCCAGAAGGGCGCGGUUAGUGAUCUGAGUGUGCUUCCCGACUUCCGGGUGCGGAUAUUGCCUGUGUUGGGGACCAUGCCGGCUGUCUUUGGCUACACCGUAGCCAAUCAUGUUAUUCUUUCCAUUACCGGUAAGCUAUACAACUUCGAAGAUCCAGCUUACCUUAGUCCUUCGGUUACUGACUUCUGCUUAGGCUAUCCCAUGGACUACCAGCCAGCCAAGGCCCGCGAUAAGAUGUAUGAAUCGAUCUUGGCCUACGUACAAGCCAGCGAGGAGAAGAUUGUGCGCAUGAUCGAGGGUGGUCGCACUGAUGUUUGCAUUGGCCUCAAGGUUCCCAUCACCCCGGGAGACAUCGCCUUCUUGGUGGAGGAGGCCUUCAGGGGCCGCAGCGCGGUAAGCGGCAUCCCGACGAAGCUGAUGCUGAUUCGGUGGAAGAAACCCGAAAAGACCACACUGAUCCGUAUUGGAGAAGGCAAGGACGAGCAAAAGUCAUCUAACCUGCGGCUCCGUGAUCUUGUGUGUAUGACGAAGGAGGAGGCUGUCAGGCACCUGAAUGAGGUGCUCUUGGGUAACAAAAACCUUGAGGAGCUUUAUGAUAAGGAAGUCAUUGAGAAGGUUGAGGCUCGGCAGAAGGAAGCCGAGGAGUAUGAGAAGCAUAGGUGA